AUGAGCCAAUCCAAGCUCAAAAUCCUCCUAAUCGGUAGCGGCGGCAUAGGCACUAUAACGGCCUACGCGCUCGAAACCGGCGGUCUCGCCGAAGUAACCGCUAUCCUGCGCUCCAACUUUGCUGUCGUCGAGAAAAAUGGCUUCACUAUCGACUCUGUGGACCAUGGCUAUGUUCAAGGCUGGAGACCGUCACAUAUCCGCAACACAAUUCCAACUGCCCAAGAAAAAAAAUUCGACUACAUAAUCCUAACAACUAAAAGCAUCCCCGACAUCCCUCCACCUCUCCCCGAUCUAAUCGCACCCGCGAUUUUGCCCUCACACACGGCAAUAAUUCUCAUCCAAAAUGGUGUUAACGUCGAACACCCCUUCCAGGAGCAGUUUCCCACGAACCCCAUUAUCUCGGGUGUUUCAUUCACCAGCGCCACAGAAGUUGAACUUGGGCUCAUCAGACACGAUGAUCAUGAUCGUGUGCGAUUAGGCCCUUUUCCUUACCCCCGCAAUCAAGAUAGCGGUGGUGGUGACACCAACACCAACAACUCCACCAUCGACGUCCAAUUCGACACCGACGUCCCCGCAACCCGCUGGCGGAAACUCAUCUACAAUGCCUCUUUCAACCCCGUCUCCGCGAUACUGCGGAUGGAUGUCACCCGGAUGCGAGUAUACGAGCAUGUCAUUGAUGAGUUGGUGAAGCCGGCUAUGAGGGAGGUUAUUGCCGUUGCGAGGGCUUUGGAUGUAAAGUUGGAUGGAGAUGAGGAAGGGGUUAUUGAGCAAGCGGUUAGGUGUGAUCCGCCAGAGGCCUUUUUUAGGCCGAGUAUGUGUCAGGAUGUUGAGAAGGGAAAUUAUAUGGAAAUCGAAAACAUAGUCGGAGAGCCGCUACGGGAAGGGGGGAGAUUGGGUGUUUCCACGCCGACGUUGAAGACGAUUUAUGCUAUUUUGAAAGGGUUGCAGGUGAAGGUCAAAGAGGAAGGGGGGCUUGUAGAGCCAAGGUUUGAUGAGAGGAGUCGGUAUGCUGGGAAGUCUGAAUCUAUGGCAUAG